CUCCGUACCCGAAAACAGGGGUUUCUGUGAAUAAAAAAAAAUAAAAGGGGAGGGGUACAAAAAGAAGUCUUUCCUCAACAUAAUUUACGGAAUACUUCUUGGGCGUCCAACAACCAAAUCACUGAGGCUACAUUAAUUCUCCAGGCCACACCUGCCUGUAUCUCUCAUUUUGUGACAUUAUGCGACAAAACAGAACUCCUGUCUCUCAUUUGCAUUGGGAAUAGCAAUUAAGGUAAAUUUUCAGAUUAACACCCGCACGAUUUUCACUAGGGUGUUAGGGUGGGAAUUCCGUCCCUAACCCUUAACACCCUAGUGAAAAUCGUGCGGGUGUUUAUCUGAAAAUUAACUGCAAUUAAUUCUCUAAUUAAACACACACUAAUCAAGGCUGAGAUUAAUUAUCAAGUUACUAUCAUCUCAUGCUAAGUGGAGACCAACAUGUCAAAGAAUAGAUCCAAUAUUUCCUCUGCGUGUCGUAAAAGACGGACUUAAAGAAGUUGAGGAUUUGCACUCCGACUUCGUAAAACCAUCACUAGCAACGCCUACUUAACAGAUCCAUAAGUUGGAGGGUUGUCGCCUGGAAUUGGGAAUCAUAAACUGCGACGCGCUAUUGCAGCGCAUUCCUCCAUACUAUUACUGUUUAUUUUCCUCUAAAAACGUAACCUUUCUCUUCACAACCAACCCCUAAUUUCCAGCAUGCGCACGUCCACAUCUUCACACACAUUACAUCUAGCCCUCUCUUUUUGCUCUAUUCACACCAACCACACUUCAGGACACCACACUCAACAUGCACACACAUUUCUUUAAUCUUUAUAGUCAGUCAGUUACUUAUCUUCCUCAGCUUUUCGCUCUUUUGGAUGCAAAACAGUGUUCUCCACACUUCCGCUCUGCAAUUUGUCAUUCUGCUUCAAUUUCAUAAGAUCACUUAAUGCUAUUCUCCUUUUCUGUUCUCUCUCUUCUAUUUUUGAUGAAUUAUUUUUUGCUUCUUCCUCGCAAUGUAAUGAAAUUCUCUCAACUCCACUUCGUUGUUUUCUUUCUUUUCCUGACUAUGCUUGUAUAUUCUGAUGCAUUCUACCUGGAUUACAACUGGGUUUAUCUUAUUAAAGUAUAUAACUAAGUUUUAUGUUAUCAACCAAGUUUAUUUAUUGAACCUAUAUAUAUAUCAGUGUAAAUACUCAGAGAUCUGUUCACCUUUUUUAUAUUAUGACAUCAAAUUGUGGGAAAAUACAGAAUGAAUGAUAUCAGUUUUCUGGUGACAUUGAAAUGGUAACGAUAGAUUCCUUUUAUUUAAAAGAAAUCUGUCCGGUUUUGAAGACAGAAGAUAUACAUUAUGACAUGAAGUACACAAGUGGCUGUUCUUUAUAACCUCAAAUAAGUGACUUUGAAAUAUAAUUUAAGGCUGUAAACAUAUUGCAACUGAGACAUGAAGCAUGGUAACAUACAGAAUCUGUCAUGUGUAGGUGUACAGAAUAAAUCACAUCACAAAAACAUCAAGAAGAAAGUAUUCACAUAAUCUAAAGCCUUAUUUAAACAAAAAUUACUUCAUACCAGAUCAAAAUUUUUAUAAUUCAUAAUAGAACACUUCAUACCAACUCAAACCUAUUAGGAUUCACAGUACAUCAGUUGCUAAAAACAGCUGUCUCUGUAAAAAUGUUCAGAAAUACAAAGCUUGCCAAUGCAUAAUCUUGCCAUAAUUUUCUCUGACAACAAUAAUUUGGCCAAGCAUAAAUGUGUUCAUACUGGUGAAAAGCCAAACUACUGUGAUAUCUAUGGUAGAACAAUUACACAGUAAGGUAUUUGACUAAAUCCAAAUAUAUUCAUUCAGGUGAGAAAUCAUCACUGAAAUCUGUGAGAAAAGUUUCUUGCAGAAAGGUAAAUUAACUGUAUACACACACACACAUACAUACAUAUAUAUAUAUAUAUAUAUAUAUAUAUAUAAGAAAAGUUAUCAGCAUGGUAUGCAGAAAUAUUUUCUGAAGGAGGUAAAAUGACUAAUCACAAACGUACUCACACAGGUGAGAAACCAUAUCACUGUGAUAUAUGUGGGAAAACAUUCUCUGUCUGUAAUAGUCUGACUCAACACAAACAGGUUCACAUAAGACAGAAGUCAUUCCCUUGUGAUACCUGUGGAAAAACAUUUUCUGGUAACAGUGCAUUGACAAGACAUGUACGCAUGCACACUGGUGAUAAUCCACACCACUGUGAUAUCUGUGGAAAAAAAUUUUGUGACAGUAAUAGAUUAACUAGACACAUACGCAUGCACACUGGAGAAAAACCAUACAACUGUGAUAUUUGUGGAAAGAGUUUCUCUGACAGAAGUGGUUUAACUCAACACAUACGUGUACACACUGGAGAAAAGCCAUACCAUUGUGAUAUUUGUGGUAAAACAUUCUCUGGCAAUAGUUCAUUAACUAAGCAUAUACGUGUGCACACUGGUGACAACCCAUACUACUGUGAAAUCUGUGGUAAAACGUUUUCUGACAAUAGUCAUUUAACUCAACAUGUACGCAUACACACUGGUGAGAAGCCAUACCACUGUGAUAUCUGUGGGAAAACAUUCUCUCAGAAUGGUCAUUUAACUCAACAUGUACGUAUUCACACAGGUGAGAAUCCAUUUCACUGUGAUACCUGUGGUAAAUCCUUCUCUCAGAGAGGUCAUUUAACACUUCAUAUACGUGGUCACACAGGUGAAAGACCAUACACUUGUGAUAUUUGUGGCAAAUCAUAUGCUGACAAUCAGAAUUUAAACCGUCACAAACCUGUACACACUGGUGUAAAACCAUAUCAUUGUGAUAUUUGUGGUAAAACUUACUCUGAGAAUAGGAGUUUGAGACAUCAUAAAAAAAAGGCCCAUGGACAAGUAACAGUAAAAGAAUAGAAUCAUUUUGAAAAACUUCAUAAAUUCACAAGCAAAUUUCUAUGAGGCAUAAUACAAUGAAAUUUUUGGGGAACAUUACAGAAAGUGGAUAAGAACUAUGUUUUCAUAACAAUGUUUGUCUCUAACAAACAUAAACUACAUACUUUUUAAAAACUUCUUUCCAGAAUGUUCAACAUGGCAAUGGAACGGAAUAUAGACUUACAUGUCAUUUUGACCUAAUUUGGCUAAAACAUUGUAAAUAUGAAACAGUUUAAUGUUUUAUAAAAGGAAAUUUACAUAAACGUAUAGACCUCUCUAUGAGAUUAUUAAAGAUCAAAAAUAUAUAUUUUUAAAUUAUUAACUUUAAUAUCCACUCUGUUUACACAGACAUUUGUCAUAAUUUUAAUGCUAUGAACUGUUCUAUUUUGUGAUUGAUAUAUUUUUCUGUCUUUCAAGUAAAGUUGCAAUAAUCUAUAAAAACUAUUACACCGUUUCUUUCUAUUAGAAGUAUUUGGAAGUAGGAUGAUUUGAUAUAAAUGCUUUACCUUAAAUAAAACUAGUUAUUUUGUACAGUAUGGCAUUCAAAAUGUCAAAAACUAUUAAAAGAGAGGCAAGCCUUCGUUAGUAAAAGCACACACACAUACACAGGGUGCUUAGCUAAAUUUGAUGAUUUUUUUAUGUCACCUUUU